CCAUGAACACAAAAACAAUCGGCGCUAAGCAAUUCGGACGCAUUUUCGCAGUUUUUCCAGCGUGGGUGUUUUUCCUCGGUCGGCGUUUUUCGGCGGCUUCUUGGUGAAGAGAAAAAAAAAAGAAAAAACAAUUGUGCAUGAAGGCAAAAAGUUAAAGUGCGAAAAGCUGAAUUAAAAAGAAUAAAAAUUCAAAACGACGACGCACCGUGAAUUAAAAACAACACCAACUACGGCGGUAGCCGCAACAGUAAAUUCCGCGCUUUUAAUAGCAAUAAAAAAACCUACAAAGAAGCUGAAGUUCAGAACUUUUGAUUUAUUCUAAUUAAAUCUAAGGUUGCGAUAACCAACGUUGACCGGAAUCAAAGGUGACUGACGACGAACGACGAGGAUUGCCCAGCAAUGUGCAGACGGUCGCUGGCUGGAAUUGCUGGCAGGACACAGACCGCAAGGAUCAAUCCAAUCAAGGAGCAGGAGCAAGAGCAGCAGGAGUUGCAUCUGUGAAUGCAACAUUGGCCACUUUUUAUACUUACCCACACGAAAUGCGUUUUUGCAACUCGGCCAACGGAGAGAUAGCAGUUGAUAGAUGAACUAAUGCAAAUGCCCUCCAAUUGCAGCUUUUGAUGCAAACUUAAGGCAGGGGCCCAACAAAUAGAACAAAACCAUAAGCCAACUCGACUGAUAGUUUAAACUAAAAACGAUACAACACACAAUCUUGGCUAAUGCAACUUUUUAAUUAUUGUUAAGAAAACACUUUUGCAAGACAAACACAACUCGUUAAAUGCCAAAUAUGUGUUGCCCCAACUAAAGCUGAACAGGAUAGGAAAUCAAUUACUUCUAGAAAGCUCAUAACAAUACGAAUUCAACGCAAAACCCACAAGGCUCAAGUGCGCGCUCAUCAACAGGAGGACAUCGCAUAAGCCAUGGGCAACAAAUGCUGCAGCAAGCGACAGGAUCAGGAAUUGGCAUUGGCCUAUCCCACGGGAGGCUACAAAAAAUCCGACUACACCUUUGGCCAGACGCACAUCAACAGCAGCGGCGCCGGCGGCAAUAUGGGCGGCGUUCUUGGCCAAAAGCACAACAAUGGCGGUUCGCUGGACUCGCGUUACACUCCAGAUCCUAAUCAUCGGGGUCCGCUGAAAAUUGGCGGAAAGGGUGGCGUGGAUAUCAUCAGACCCCGCACCACACCAACCGGCGUUCCCGGAGUGAUGCCCAAGCGUGUCGUUGUGGCCCUCUACGACUACAAGUCCCGCGAUGAGUCCGAUCUGAGCUUCAUGAAGGGCGACCGCAUGGAGGUCAUCGACGACACCGAAUCGGAUUGGUGGCGCGUCGUGAAUCUAAGCACUCGCCAGGAGGGCCUCAUCCCGCUCAACUUUGUAGCCGAGGAGCGCAGCGUCAACAGCGAGGACUGGUUCUUUGAGAACGUGCUGCGCAAGGAGGCGGAUAAACUUCUGCUGGCCGAGGAAAAUCCACGUGGCACAUUCCUCGUUCGACCCUCGGAGCACAAUCCCGAUGGCUAUUCGCUGUCGGUGAAGGAUUGGGAAGAUGGACGUGGAUACCAUGUGAAGCACUAUCGCAUUAAGCCGCUGGAUAAUGGUGGCUACUAUAUAGCCACCAAUCAGACCUUCCCCUCGCUUCAGGCCCUGGUCAUGGCAUAUAGCAAAAACGCUCUUGGCCUGUGUCACAUACUAUCGCGUCCCUGCCCCAAGCCCCAGCCCCAGAUGUGGGACCUGGGCCCGGAGCUGCGCGACAAAUAUGAGAUUCCACGCUCCGAAAUUCAACUGCUGCGCAAACUGGGACGCGGCAACUUUGGUGAGGUCUUCUAUGGCAAGUGGCGCAACAGCAUCGAUGUGGCGGUGAAGACCCUACGUGAGGGCACCAUGUCCACGGCUGCGUUCCUGCAGGAGGCGGCCAUUAUGAAGAAGUUCCGUCACAAUCGCCUGGUGGCCCUCUAUGCGGUUUGCUCACAGGAGGAGCCCAUCUACAUUGUGCAGGAGUACAUGUCAAAGGGCAGUCUGCUGGACUUUUUACGCGAGGGCGACGGCCGCUACUUGCACUUUGAGGAUCUCAUCUAUAUCGCUACUCAGGUGGCCAGCGGCAUGGAGUAUCUGGAGUCUAAGCUGCUCAUCCAUCGCGAUCUGGCGGCACGCAAUGUACUGAUUGCCGAUAACAAUGUGGCGAAGAUUUGUGAUUUCGGACUGGCGCGCGUUAUAGCCGAUGACGAGUACUGUCCCAAGCAGGGCUCACGGUUUCCGGUCAAGUGGACGGCGCCCGAGGCGAUCAUCUACGGCAAGUUCUCGAUCAAGUCGGAUGUCUGGUCAUAUGGCAUCCUGUUAAUGGAGCUGUUUACAUACGGACAAGUGCCCUAUCCGGGCAUGCAUAGUCGGGAGGUGAUUGAGAAUAUCGAACGGGGCUUCCGUAUGCCGAAACCGACGAAUCACUACUUCCCGGACAACAUCUACCAGCUGCUGCUCCAGUGCUGGGAUGCUGUGCCCGACAAGAGGCCGACGUUCGAGUUCUUGAAUCACUACUUCGAGUCGUUCUCGGUCACGUCCGAGGUGCCGUACCGAGAGGUGCAAGACUAAGCAGCCGAGUCCAGAGCCUAAUCACACACAUCACCUACACACACGCAUACACACUCGUACGACAUAUAUAUAUAUAUAGUAUAUAAAGUUAUACAUAUAUAUUAUACAUUUAUAUGCAUAUUUACUAUAAUUCUUAAGACUUUUUAAUGGCAUACCAACCAAGCAACACACACACAACACACACCCAUGAACUCUAUAUGUAUGGUAUAUAUGUAUGUGUUUAAGCGUAUCUUAACAAUUCUCUGAAUCCAGCAGCAAAAACAAGAAAAAAAAGUAAGAAAAUGAAACACGAAAAUCGGAAAGAACUAAAUUUUAUAUUUUACACGCAAAACUAUUUUAUAAUUUAUAUAUAUAUAUAUACCUAACUGUAUGUACUAUGGAAAUAGAAAGUAUUUAACUAGUUUUGUAAGCUUACGGGGUCGAGAAGAAGUCAAGUAGGAAGAAAAUUGAUGGCAACUCUAUUGAAUUUCAAAUCGAAUACAGCUAUACAAUUUAAACGCUACUUUAAUCGGUGCUUAGGUUUUUUGUAUAAACAAUUCAAUCCAAUCCAAUCUACAAACUAGAUAACUCUUUGAACUAAGCCUCCUCCCUCUGCUGAAUAGUUUCUUCUGAUACUUUCCACACACAAAAAAAGAAACACAAAUACACGAGACGACUAUCUUACAACUAAGCCAAGUAUUAUUUAGAUCAGUCCGAAUCCGAAUCAAACAUUAAUGUAUUUCAAAUUGUUGCUAAUGAGAAACUCUCCAAUGAUGGCAUUUACUUAUAAGGUGGCAGCGUGCCCACGCCUCGUCUUCUACUUUCAUGUCCAGAAAACUAGAUUGAAAUAAGAAAAUUCAUUUGCGAAAAAUUGCAUUUUGUACAAAUCAUUGAAAAACACACAAAAAGAUAAAGAGAGAGAAAGAGAAAGCAUUUCACGUUUCGUUGUUAGCAAUUGAACCAAUGAAUGUUUAUAGUACACUUAAGUUUAUGCCAAAAUUAUUGUUUAUACCUUAUACUUUGUUCGUAUACUUAAGCACAACAAGCACACACACACACAAUUGGGCACUGUCCAUGUAGUCUAGAUAUAUCUCUAUUGAUGUACAACCUGCAGCGUUGGCCCGCAUUUAGUUCCUCUCCACACCUGCUGUUCCUUGCGUGUGCAGCCCAAAUCAAUAGCCCGACUCAAGCCAUAUGGAUAAACUGCUAUCUCCAGGGUUUCAAAUGCUAAAUAUCAUACGAUAAUGAUUCGAACCGUAUCAAUCAAUCAAUCAACCAGAGACCACUCAAAUCAACUCUCAUUAACACACAGAAAAAACACAUACCUAUCUUAGCUUCACAUCAGACAUCGAUUGAGAGGAGACUUUAUUUAAUUUAUUUGAUUUUUGUUAUAGUUUUUAGUUUGUCGUUCAUCGAUAUAGUACAUAUAGCAUAUACAUAUAUAUUAUAUAUUGUGUUGGCCAUUGUGUGCACAUUCUGUAGCAUAAAACCAAAGUUUAGCAUUUCGUAUUGAGAUCUAUGUAUUUGUAAAGAACAUUUAUACGGCGACAUAUAAACACACACAGAGAGAUCAGUUUAUAUAGGAUAACCAGGCUUAAACUAAAACGAGAACAACAAAAACCAAUCAUUGUAUGAAAUUGCAUUCAACGUAUCGGAAUCACAACGGAAUCAUUGCAAAUAAUUAAUUAAAAAAAGGAUAUUGUUAUAAUUCACAGGCAAAACUGAAAUUGUUUAGCGUAGUUGAUGAAUUUUUUGUAUAUAAACUUGACAUAUAACGUGUAGAAAUAAACGACAAAUUAAAUUGAAUAAUAAUACCAUAAUAAUACCAAUCGAAUUCUGCAAAAUCAGCAAUGGGAAACUGGCGGCGCAUUUAGCACGCGAGGCAUUUAACCACAAAACAAGAAGAACGUAAAUUUCACAAACUUUUUAUACAAACUGCGGCAAUCAAAUUGAAAGAUUUACAAAAUUUUUCAGCCUUUGCCUGGGUAGGCGUGUUGCAUGCGCCGCCAAAGAUUCUAUAUUGUUGCUUGAUAUAACAUUGAAUAACAAAAAACAAACAUGAUGGACAACAAUGUCGAAUGAAUAAUUAUA